ACAUAUUUGUGUUUUGCAAAUUAGAUUAAAAGGUAGCAAUGUGGCGCCGUUGUUGCUGCAAUUGCCAAGUGGAUGAAUCCGAUCAGCGUGAAAAUGAUCUUGUCAAGGCCACAACUAACAACACUGAUGGGGCGACAAAGGGGUUUAAAGAUUCUGCUACUCAAAAAGUCGAGUCGCACAAUGCUACUCCCCCUAUCGAUAUCCCUGUUCUGUCCUUGGAUGAACUGAUAGAAAAAACUGAUGACUUCGGUUCAACAGCUUUGAUAGGUGAAGGUUCUUAUGGGAGAGUGUACUAUGCGGUUCUUGAUAAUGGAACAAAAAUGGCAGUAAAAAAACUUUAUUCUACUGAAAAUGAACCCACUACCGAAUUCUUGACCCAGGUUUCAUUGGUUUCAAGGUUGAAACAUGAAAACUUUGUAGAUAUGUUGGGGUACUGUAUGGAGCGUAAUCUUCGCAUAGUAGCCUAUGAAUUUGCCACCAUGGGUUCUCUGCAUGAUGUUCUACAUGGAAGAAAAGGAGUUCAAGGUGCUCAACCGGGCCCAGCACUUGAUUGGAUUCAGCGAGUGCAAAUUGCUGUUGGUGCUGCAAAAGGACUUGAAUAUCUUUAUGAGAAAGUUAAGCCUUCCAUUGUCCAUAGGGAUAUUAGAUCAAGUAAUAUCCUCUUGUUUGAAGACUUUAAGGCAAAGAUAGCAGACUUUAAUCUCUCAAAUCAAGCACCAGAUAUGGCUGCCCGGUUGCAUUCACUAAUCAGCAAGCUGGGUGGUGUUUAUUUCUAUGUUGUCUGA